UCUUGAAGAGGAAACUAAUUUUGGCACUUAUGCGAUCACACUCGCUGAGAGUUUAGAAUCGAUAGGAGAGAUACGCAUUUCGAGGUCAACUGUAGGACAGAAGACAGAACACCAUUCUGCUUCGACACUCCAAGUGGACUGUCACGCUUUACGUUAGAUUAUUUGUCUCCAAGUAUAGUACUGCUAGUUACUGUGAAACAAUGCCGAUCCAAAGCAUUAAGGCACGACAGAUCUAUGAUUCUCGUGGCAACCCGACUGUAGAGGUCGAUCUUGUAACAGAAAAUGGCCUGUUCAGAGCUGCAGUACCAUCCGGUGCUUCAACUGGUGUUCACGAAGCUUUAGAGCUCCGGGACAAUGAUAAAUCAAAGUACCAUGGAAAAUCUGUGUUCAAAGCUGUAGAAAACAUUAAUUCUAUUAUUACACCUGAAUUGUUGAAGUCAAACUUGGAAGUUACUCAGCAAACAGACAUCGAUAAUUUCUUGUUGAAACUCGAUGGUACACCAAACAAGUCAAAGCUUGGUGCAAAUGCACUUUUGGGUGUUUCAUUAGCAGUUUGUAAAGCAGGAGCUUCUAAGAAGGGAAUGCCAUUAUAUAAAUAUAUCGCGGAAUUAGCAGGAAAUCCGAACAUUAUUCUACCAGUUCCAGCUUUUAACGUUAUUAAUGGUGGUUCGCAUGCUGGAAACAAAUUAGCAAUGCAGGAGUUCAUGAUCCUGCCUACAGGAGCUAGCAAUUUUACAGAAGCAAUGAAAAUGGGUAGCGAGGUCUACCAUCAUCUCAAGGCUGGUAUCAAGAAGAAGUUUGGUCUUGAUGCUACCGCAGUUGGUGAUGAAGGUGGUUUUGCUCCUAAUAUUUUGGAAAACAAAGAAGCCUUAAUAUUAAUCAUGGAUGCUAUCAAAGUUGCUGGAUAUGAAGGAAAAAUUAAGAUUGGUAUGGACGUUGCCGCGUCCGAAUUCCACAAGAAUGGAAAAUACGAUUUAGAUUUUAAGAAUGAGAAAUCUGAUCCUAGCACAUACUUGGAACCAGAAGCUCUGAAAAACUUGUACCUGGACUUCGUUAAAGAAUUCCCGAUUGUUUCAAUUGAAGAUCCAUUUGACCAAGAUGACUGGGCAUCAUGGUCUUCCAUAACAAGUUCCACUCCCAUUCAAAUUGUGGGUGAUGAUCUCACUGUCACAAACCCUGAAAGGAUCAAAACAGCUAUUGAAAAGAAGGCUUGUAACUGCCUAUUGCUGAAGGUCAACCAAAUAGGUACCGUUACAGAAUCAAUUAACGCUCACAAACUAGCCAAGAGCGCUGGGUGGGGUACCAUGGUUUCCCAUCGCUCUGGUGAGACAGAAGACACGUUCAUAGCUGAUUUAGUCGUUGGACUUGCGACUGGUCAAAUUAAAACUGGCGCGCCUUGUCGUUCAGAACGGUUGGCCAAGUACAACCAGAUUCUUCGUAUCGAAGAGGAAUUAGGCGCGGCUGCCAAAUUCGCAGGCGAAAAAUUCCGUAAUCCCCAAGCUUAAAACAUUUUACCUUUUUAUUUUAUUAACGUGAUGCUCUAGUUAACAUGUAUUCUGCAACACAAAGGUAACCUAUACUUCCAUGACUGCUGACAUCGUGUCGAUGGAAUAGAGUUGAAUGAUGUUGUAAUCGUAGAGUAAUGAGUUUUGGAAAUUCUUAUAUUAUAAGAAUAGAUUCAAAUACAAAAUGUAAGAAUAGUGUCACAACUAAAAAUAUCAUCGAAGUUUCAAUGUACACCAGUUUAUUCUGUUUCGAAUAAUAAUUAAAUGGAUUUAUCUAUUAUUAUAGAAUAUCACUACGGUUAGCAUAAUAUAGGCAGUUCACCGGUGCAUUUAAGAAAAUGUCGAUAAUCAAGGUAUAUGAAUGUA